CCUAUGGAUCUUAGCCGAAAGAGAACGUAUGCAAACUUCUCUCACAAGCCAGUGGCGCCUAGAUUCAAAUUAUUCGAUGAUAUUGAAUAUUUGGAUUUGGAGAGAUUAUGGAGUGUCGUUGUUAGGGUAGAUGUCAAGUUCCCGAUCCCCUCUCGUCAUCGUGAUAGCCAACACUUCAUUCUCAUGGAUAUCAAUGGAUCCAAAAUAGAAGCAAUUACAUUGAACAACAACGUUGAGAGAUUCAACACUUUACUCGCAGAAGGGUGCAUUUAUACCCUGCAUGAAGUGAGAUUCGAUCCUAACUGGGAGGAGGCGAUGCAGUUUCGGAAUAUUGGGCACCGGUAUGAGUGCGUCUUGAACGACCGCACUAGGGUUGAGUCGUAUACCAUGCCUAUUCAAUUUCCGCUCUAUCCGAAGCAUCUCAUGCCAAUCCAUGAAGUGUACCGACGUCCUAACAAGACGUUUAUGUAG